AUGCGUCUCAACAGCGCUAUCGUCGCGCUGUGCGCGGCAGCAUCUACUUCGGCAGCUCCCAACUUCGUCCGCGGCGCAAGCGGCUUCAACUGGGGCAAUGUGAAGAUUCGAGGCAUCAAUCUCGGCGGUUGGUUAGUCCUUGAGCCUUGGAUCACUCCAUCCAUCUUCCAGAAUCUGCCACAGGACUUGAAGAUCGUAGAUGAAUAUACUUUGGGCCAGGCGCUAGGCGAGAAGGCAUACGAUCAGGUGUACAAGAACCACUGGGAGACGUGGGUGACUUGGGAGGACAUCAAGAAGAUCGCAGACUCCGGCUUCAAUGUUAUCCGAAUCCCCAUUGGAUACUGGGCAUACGACAACUCGGAUUCGCCAUAUGUCAAGGGCGCGGCUCCUUUCAUCGAUGCUGCCAUCGACUGGGCGCGAUCCGUUGGACUGAAGGUGAUUAUUGAUCUCCACGGCGCUCCAGGAUCCCAGAAUUGUUUCGACAACAGCGGCCAGAAGUGUGAUAAGCCACAAUGGACGACCGGCGACACCACCAAGAAGACCCUCGACGUCCUCCAGACUAUCCAGAACAAGUACGGAGCAUCGUCAUAUGACGAUGUGAUUGCCGGCAUUGAACUCUUGAACGAGCCCUUGACCCCAGAGUUGGACCUCGACACCGUGAAGCAGUUCACGCGUGAUGGUUACGGCCAGCAGCGAACCGUCAGCCAAUCCAGGGUUGUCGUCUUCCAGGACGGUUUCCAGAACACCAGCGCGUACAACAACUUCUUGACCCCAUCCGACAACAAUGCCCAGUACGUCGCCGUCGACCACCACGAGUACCAGGUCUUCACUCCCGAGCUCGUUUCGAUGCAGCCAUGGCAGCACCGCCAGUACGUCUGCAACAACGCCUUCGUCUACAAUGGCGGUGACAAGUGGACCUUUGUUGGCGAAUGGAGCGCUGCCAUGACCGACUGCGCACCCGCACUCAAUGGUUAUGGUAUUGGCGCGCGUUACGACGGAACGUACCCGGGUUCGUGGUAUGUCGGAUCGUGCCAGAACAUCAACUUCAUCGAGACCUGGGACCAGCAGCUCAAGGACGACACCCGCGGGUACAUUGAGGCGCAGAUGGAGACAUUCGAGCGAUACACCGAAGGCUGGUUCUUCUGGAACUUCAAAGCCGAGCAAGCGCCCGAAUGGAACGCCUUCGCCCUCAUCGACGCCGGCGUCUUCCCCCAGCCUCUGACGGACCGCAAGUUCGGCUCCAUCUGCUCAUAG